AGCGUAAGGAGGCCGAAGACAAGAAUGCGGCAGCGCAAUUAGCAGCUGCAGAGAAGGAGCGCGCAAAGUAAGAAACCCGGGCGCUUGAGCAGAAAGUUGCAAUAGAAACGGCCGUCAAGGCGGCAGAAAAAGACUCGAUGAAGACCACAGCUAUGCCAGCCCCCAUGACAAAGAAAGCCAUAUCCACGCCUCUGCCCAAGAAACGCGAAACUACGUCGGCAUCGCAGUCGGUUGCCGCGACAAAGGGUUGGGAAGCAUCGCCCGACAUAAUUGACACUUCUCAGGCAAGCGCUGAAGGCAAGCUCGAGGUUACCACGUAUGCGGAGGCGAGUGCUGUCGACCCGUCGAAGAACAAAGCUGCUCCUGAGGGCACUGCUUCGGAAGAUGCAGAGCUAGGCGCAGCCGCAGCGAGUGGUGAUGCAGUGCUUGGGACGUCGAAAGGGGACGAGCUGGAGGACCCAGAAGCUACGGCAUGUGAGAAGAUCAAAGUGCUGAAGCAACAAAAAGCCGAACGCCCAAAAAAGGACACUGCUGUCGAAAAGCGCAAGACAAAAGAGAAAAGGGCCGAGCUUAAGCGUGUUGCUACGCGGCAGAAGCAGCAAGAGAAGCAAGAACGAAAAGCAAAGGAGCGGAAGCAAAAGGAGGAGCUCAUAGCGAAACUGAAGACCGAAAAGCAGAGAGCGUGGGUGGAGAAAGAAGCCGCCAAGUCGGCUGCAGCUGCUAAGAAGCGUGCAGAAGGCCAGCGCAAAAAGCAAGAAAUUGAAGAGAGGCGUAAAAUCCAAGCCGAAAAGGAUGCCGAGCGCAAAGCCAGAAAGGAGCAGCACGAUCGCGAAAAGCGAGUAGCGGCUGAAAAAGCCAAAGGGCAAAAGAAGCAGCUCAAAGACAUUCGAAAGAUGGCCACGGCUGCCGCUUUGGUUGAAGUCGCCGCAUGGCACGCCAAGGAGGUGGCCGAAGCGAACGAGGACUUGCAAGCUGUCAAAGCACAAAAGGCGCGCAUCUCAAGCGAUUUCAGGCCUGUGCGCGCCGCUAUCACCGUGGAGCGAUCUUCUACAAAAUUCAAGUCCAAAUCUGCUCGUAUAUCCGUGGACGCCACACGCCCCUCCCCAAAAACAGACGCAGAUAAAGUCAGACGCAGAAAGUCGGUCAAGUCGCAGUGCUCUGCCGCGGAAAAGGGCAAAGGCCGCGCGCUGGACGUCCAAUCUGUCGACAACUCUGUGGCAGACCCCAACAACGCCGAAAAGGCAGCUGUACUCGUCGAAGCUGAAAUUGCCGGUGCCAAGAAAGAGAACAAUGCGCACCCGCAGUUCAGCCCGAGCAAGACGUCCAUCUCGCGUGAGUCUACAGGUACCGCGAGGAGCUCCACAGUCACGGUUAUCAACCCAUCCCGCGGGGGUCGCAAGCCUGCACCUGCCGUGCAGUGGCGCAAGCCUGAAGACUAUUGAUCGGGGCAUAAAUUUGGAACUCAUCCCCCAACAAGCCUUCACUCAUCCGACAUCGCACACUCACUUUCGAUCUCGUUUCUCUAUUUGAUAU